AUGCUCCGUCAAAAAGCUUUAGUAGAAGUGCUUGGUCAAGUAAACACUGCCGAGGUGUCAGGCGCUUUACUGUUCAAUCGAGAAGGACUUUUACUCGCAUACAGUGGUUACCGUGACAGCAAGGAUCAUGCCAACGUAUCAGCUGCCCUAAUUUCUAGCAUUUGGGAGUCUUUUGAUAAGAAAGGUGGCAGAGAAGAUCUUCAAGAGGCUAUAAUGGUAUGCGAAGACGGUGUUAUGGCAGCUACUCGUGUGGCUAAUAUGCUUCUUGCUCUAAAGGCUUCGAAGAAUUGCCAGUUAGGACUAGUACGCGCCAAACUGCAUGCGCUCGCUAAGUACCUUGAUGGUCCAAUCUCAGUUGUAUCCCGAAACGUGUAG